GGUCAACAUCAGGCAAAUACUUACAACACCCUCCGAUCCUCCCCCUGCCGACUUUUCGCGGUCCAUACAGCCACUAGAAUGUCGUCGCGAAAUCUCAACGUGCUGGUUACCAGCUUUGCCGGUCUCGGCUUGCCACCUACACUCGUUCUGCCUCUUCCUCCAUCAACUACCAUCACAGAACUGCGAGAUCGCAUCGACGAGCGACUACCAACAACUCAGUCUAGACUCAUCCUCACAACUCUUUCAAAUAAGCAACUGCCAUCAGCUUCGGAUUCGCCAAUCUCUGAAUAUCUUUCUACAAGCGAAGAUGAGUUCUUGUCGUUGCGACUGGCAGUGCCGCUCUGCGGUGGCAAGGGUGGUUUCGGAUCACAGCUGAGAGCUGCGGGUGGUCGCAUGUCUUCUCGGAAGAAGAAGAACCAAGAAGAUCACGGUUCGAGCCGUAACCUGGAUGGCCGACGGUUGCGCACGGUGAACGAGGCCAAGGCUCUGGCCGAGUAUCUCGCCAUCAAGCCCGAGAUGGAGAAGAAGGAGAAGGAGAAGCGCCGUGAGCGCUGGGAGCAGAUUGUCCAGCUGUCGGAGCAGAAGGAGGCUGAGAUCAAGUCAGGCAGCAAGAGCCGGCUUGACGGCAAGUGGGUUGAGGACAAGGAGGAGAGCAGCGAGCGUACCCGAGAUGCUGUCCUAGCUGCCAUGAAGGCUGGCAACUACAAGGACAACCUACUGAGCACCUCUCACGAGUCAAACUCUACGCAGACGAGCAAUGAGCAAUCCGGCUCGGAUGAGGAAAAGGGCGCCUCGUCUCAGGGAUCAACGCCGCCCCCGGUGGAACAAGCCAAGCCUGAGAAGGAAAAGGCGAGGACCUUCUUUGGAUUUGACGAGGAUGACGAGUUUAUGAGCUCCGACGACGAAGAGGCCGAGGAAAAGUGA